UUUCAUCAUUUAAUUUGCAGUCUUUGAUGUUCCUUGCUCAGUAAAUAACUGUAGCAAUAUUACUGGAAACGUGAUGUGUGAUAACCAAACAGGCAAGUGCUCUUGUGCUGAAGGACAUGUUCGUAUGAAAAUGCAUCAUCACUGUUUGCCAUAUGUUGGAAUGGGAGAAUACUGCCAAGUGAAUGCACAAUGUAGAAAAUCAGAUCAAAAUGUCAUAUGCAGCAAAUGGUCUCUAAGGUGCCAGUGUACUGCUGGAUAUGAAUAUGAAAUGCACGAAAACAGCAGUGUGAAACUGUGCAUAAAGACUCCACUAGCGGAAGUGGAACCAUAUUUUGUGCACAUAUUCAGUGGUCUGGAUCCUGUGCAUAUUGUUUUAGGGUGUCUAACUGGGGGUUUGGCUCUACUUGCAUGUUUUGCUGGAAUUUUGCAGCUUGUAAGGAAAAAGUGGACACGCCCAGGCUGUAGCAAUGAAAGAGAUUCACAAUUCUCCCCAGAUUUAGGCUUCAGCACCACAAGUGCUCCUUCCCAGAGUCAACCAUACUCUGAUUCACAGUUCAGUGUUACAUCUCCAUGUGGAGGAGAUUUUGCUUGUUUAGAUGGAAAUUCUACUGCACCUCCUACACCUGGAACAUUAGGCGAUGAAGAUUAUGUUGUUACUCCUCCUCCAACAUAUGAAGAAGCCCUCCAACAGUCUGGUCCUAGAAAUGCUGGCUCAACAACAACAGUUUGAAAAAUCUGCUUGUACAGUCUAAGUUCCCUGCAUAGCUUGGACAACAAAAGCCUUCUAUGAAGUCUUCGGUUUUUUUUUGCACCAAGCUCUUGCAGAAUUGCUUGUUGGUAUUAAAAUGAUAAUCUAAGAAAUGAAAUGAAGUUUUUAAUGUAAUUGCUUUUAAUCUUGUUGUACAUUGUACGCUAAAAGUUUUCAAGUAAGUGUAAACUUAAAUUAUAUGACUUGAUUAGAUGCUGUUUUGUAGUAUUUUUUUUUUCACUUUGAAGUAUUUUGAAAUAUUAAAAAGUAAUUUUUUCUGCUAUUUUUAAACAUUUUAAAUUCAGAAUGUUGCAAAAGAUGAAAGAGGACUUUUUUUUAAAAAAAAUUAGAUUGUUGCUUUAAUGUUACAUAUUUUGACUAUUUUAUUGUUGGUAUAUAUAUUUCAGACUUUGUAUAAUUACUGAUUAUCAUUUAUAAAAACGGUGCACAAAGUAUCUUGGUUUUGGUGCUAUAUUUAAUUUAGUUGUUAGUUGUGUAUUUCACUGGCAAACUUACAGCAUUAUAAUUUGUUAUUUUUUUUAAUUUUUAUUUCUGUUAAUGCAAUUAUGUUUACACUUAAUAUGUUUGAUUUUGUUCUGAAACUGAAUGAUGUUGUUUUUAAUUUUUUAUCUAUUUAGUUUUUUAAUUUUUUCUCUGUAUAUUAUUUUUUGACAUUUUUUGUAAAUUAUCUAGUCAUUUUAUCUGCUAAGUUUUAAUAUGUGAUACAUAUUUAUAGAAUUUGUUUAUUUUACUUUUAUAUUUUCAUUUAUGUAUUUUCUGUUAUGUAUUUUACUUUUAUAUUUUCAUUUAUGUAUA